UCGGCAAAUAAACAUCCUGAGGACAACAGCUGGUAACGUGUGCUGACCAGUGCUGGGCUCCACGUGCUGAGGAGGCUGGAGGUGGCCGUGGCAUCAUGGUGGUGACGAGGAAAAGAAGCUGCAGCGCCAGUGAGUCAGCCACGGCGGCCACUGGGACAACACGGGCAGCUAAAUUAAAGAAACAGGAUGACGGUGUGGGCAGCCCCGCCCCCAAGACCACCACUCCCAGUUGCUCGACCCCCACCACCAGGCGAUCUCGCAGGGUGACAGAUUCCUUGGUCGAUGCAGCCCCUUCAAGCCCCCGCCCUUCGAGGGCAACACGCAGCAGCAAUGACAGCACCACACAGGACACCCGGACACCUGUGAAGACAAGGACGGAGAACAGCAGCGAUGGAUCAUAUGACAGCCAGGGCGGGAGGCAGCUUCGGGUCACCCUCAGGGAUAUCUCCACGCCCUCCACUCCAUCCACCAGGUCGAGAAGGGCGUCAGGGGUUGGAGCAGGCGAUCUUGAUGCUGCUGUGAAGUCCAUCAGUUUAGACUCAGCAGAUGUGGCAGGCAUCUCCACCACAGUCUCCACUCCAGUCCGCCGGUCACGAAGGCUUAGUGGUGAUGGAGUGGACUCGUCAGGGCAAGGCACGCCCAAACAGCUGUCCUUCUCCAUUGCACGCAUCAUUGGGAGUGAAGGAAGCAAGACCAAGGAAGAAGUAGCUAGUAAACAGACCAGCCUCCCAGUUAUUAAAGAAGAUACAGAAACUACUAGCCCCAAAAAGGAUGAUAAACCACAUGCAGCAGAGGGAGAGAAAAUUACCACAGAGAAGCCAGAUCAAACAUUACAGACUGGGUGUGGUGAUGAGGUGGAGGAACUUAACUCGAGUAGUGCAGAGUCAGCCGUUCAUGACCUCCCUGUGCCUGUUGAGGAUAAGGAGUCAUCUAGCCCUGCACCUUCAAACAAAGAAGCGGAAAGUAACGGCAAACUUGUUGACGAGCAAACAGUGGACUCGAGUAUAUGUGACGGAAAACUUAGUAGUACCCAAAGCAUUAUUGAAGAUAGUGAAGGUGGAAAAAAGAAUGUCGCUGAGGCUGAAGAUACUGAAGGUGAAAAGAAGGAUGUUGUUGAGGUAACCAAAACUAACGAUGGUGAGGAAGAGCAGAUGACAGCCUCCAGUGACAGCAGUAUUGAAAGUAUAAGCAAGAACUUGAAAAAGGAUGCAAAAGAAGAGGAACAGAAUAAUGCCAUUAGUACAUCAGACUCCAUGGAGGUGACAACUAGUCCAGUCAAGCCUACCAGACCUGAAGGCAAACACAAAACUGCUGCACCAAAGGAAGAAGUAACUAAAGAAUCCUCUACCACACAAGACACACAGGUAACAUCCAGUGCACCUGUUGAUGAAAAUGGCAAUAAGAACUUGAAUGGCAUAAGUCCAAUGUUAUCAGAAAUCAAGGCAGGUGACAAGAAGCUUCUCAAAGUCAUCCCAGAGCUGGAGAAGAAGAUUGAGCAGCUCCGGAGUGUUCCCAAGGGACAGCCAAUCUCUGGGAAGUGGUGGAAGAAGGAGAAGCAAAGGUUCCGGUCCAUCAACAAGGAUGCCUCAGGGAAGAAGAAGUGGUCCAAGAAGAUGCAUCUCAAGCAGUGGCGAGGAGACGUGAUGGCGAGGAGCGCCGUGAUAGAGGCUGAGAAGCAGCAGAAGAAGGAGGACCUGAAGGAGCGCCAGAGGAUCAACAAGAUACGCCGCGAGGAAAACGCCAAGAAGUCAGAAAUUGUGCAAGUGAUCAAGGACCCAAGGAAGAUCAAGAAGAUGAAGAGGAAGCAGCUCCGGUACAUCGAGACCCGAGACACAACCAACCUCAAGCAAGUGUAGCCAAGCCUGCCCCUCAGCCCUGCCAGGCUGCCACCACUGCUGCAGGAGACACAAGCACUCGUUAUAUUUAUCAUUGUAUUUUCUACUGAAAAUUCUUGUUGUGGGGAUAUGGAUUUUGAGAUAAUAAAUAGAACUUCUAAACCCUAAA